AUGCCACAGAAGGGUUGUGGGCCUAACAAUGAUGUCGCAGAGGCAGUAUUUGCCAAUCUGUCUGCAGCUUCAUUUCCUUUAAUGCCUGAGUGUCCUGGCACCCAGCAAAGCGUAAAGUUAUUUCUCCUACCCAACUCAGACACAGAAGCAAGACAAUCCCACACGAACCUGGAGUUGAAUUCUUUUCGACGGUUGAUGUCCUACCAGGUUGCGGUAGAAUACUCUUACAGCGGUAACACUGCAAGAAACAAAGAAAAGACGAAGAAAAUUGCAUUUUUUAAAACAAAUGCCUGCAAAAUCGGACACGAAGCUGUAAAAAGAGUAAACCCAGUGGCAACUGAGGAAGUAGUGAAGACCUGGAUGGGAAAGUGGCUGCAACAAGCAAAAUACAGACUAGAUCGAAAAUCUUCUGAAGCAGGCGGAGGAGUUGAAGUUGGAGAAGAAAUUGAAGAAGAGGAAGUAAAAUAAAUAAUGGAAAUUGUAUUUACUAUACAUAGUAAUAAAUUAUCUUGAAACGUGAAUGCCUUGU